CGAUGUUUCUUCGCCUUCAUUGACAACCCUAGCAGAGUAGGGUCACACCAACGUGGAAAAAUAAAUAAAGCUAUAAUUUUCCCCAAAAUUGUUUAAGAUUCAUAAAAUAGUACAAUGCCGAAGUACUAUUGCGACUACUGCGACACCUACUUGACCCACGACUCGCCCUCGGUGCGGAAAACCCACUGCACUGGUCGAAAGCACCGCGACAAUGUGAAGUUCUACUACCAAAAGUGGAUGGAGGAGCAGGCCCAGCAUUUGAUUGAUGCCACCACCGCCGCAUUUAAAGCUGGAAAGAUUACAAACAAUCCGUUUGCGGGCGGACCAGGAGCACCGCCUCCGAAGCCGGCGGGCGUGUCCAUACCGCCGCCCAAUAUGGGGGCUCCUCCGCGGCCAGGAAUGCCAUACAUGCCACCGCUGAUGAACCCCAUGAUGGGCAUGCGCCCGCCGCCAAUCAUGAAUCCCAUGGCUAUGAUGGGACCACCGCCUCCGCUGGGCACUAUUCCUGGCGUCCGACCGUUGAUUAUGAACGGGCCUAAGUGACCGCACUCAGAACGGACUCGGAACCAGAACUAGGAGCUCAGAAGAAAAGCACCUCGAAAGGUGUCCUAAUUAAGCUGUAGCAUUUAAGUAAGCCGAAUAGCAAACCAAACUAAUUAUGUAAAUUUAUAUAAAGAAAAUUUACUCAGCG